GAGAGCCAUCUGUUCUCUUGCAGUGUGCUGUGACUUCACAUAAAAACUGAACCAAACAACAGCGUCAGAGGAUGGGAAAGCGGCGCUUUUCAGGGUUGGAGAUCACCCUGAUGGUGAUGUUUGCAUUGGUGCUGGCGGUCGCCGUGGCGCUGGUCGUUUUUCUUGCCCUUGGGGAGCCAGCAGUCAUCAAGGAAGAAUCAGGCACAGAUCCAGAAACGAUCGUUCCGGAGUGCCCCAAUAUUCCUCAGGGAGAGAGAGUGGACUGUUUCCCAGACGCGGGUGCUUCCAAGGAAAAAUGUUCGGCGAGAGGAUGCUGUUGGAGUCCCCUGAACGAGGCCAGCAUCCCCUGGUGUUUCUUCUCUAAAAACCACGGCUACACUGUAGUCAGCGAGCACAAGCCGGAUAGCACACAUAUUGAGGCCAGGCUUCAACGAAUGAACGCCCCGUCCCUGUUUGGAGCUGAUAUUGAAGAGCUGACCUUCCAAGCUGAAAUGCAGACAGAAAAUCGCCUUCGAUUUAAGAUCACUGACGCAAAGCAAAGCAGGUUUGAGGUUCCUCAUGAGCAUGUGAAACCCCCCUCCGCUCCUCCCACCAAACCCUUGAAUUAUGAACUGGAGUUAAUCCAGAAACCUUUUGGACUAAGGGUUUGGAGGACAUCUCCCCGAAAAGUCGUGUUCGACACAACCAUUGGGCCGCUGGUUUUUGCUGAUCAGUUUCUUCAGCUCUCUGCUAAACUCCCAUCCCACAAUAUUUAUGGGCUUGGAGAGCACGUGCAUCAGAACUUCCGACAUGACACAAACUGGAAAACCUGGCCUCUCUUCACGAGAGAUGCUUUUCCCAACGGUGGCACACACAACCUCUAUGGCCACUACCCCUACUUCACAUGUUUGGAAGACGAGAGUGGAAAAUCCUUGGGCGUUUUCCUCAUGAACAGCAAUGCAAUGGAGGUAACGCUGCAGCCGGCUCCAGCCGUGACCUUCCGCACCAUCGGAGGAGUUUUGGACUUUUAUAUCCUUGUUGGAGACACACCAGAGGCAGUCGUGGACGAGUUCACGAAGCUGAUUGGCAGACCCUUCAUCCCUCCAUACUGGUCUCUGGGCUUCCAGCUCUCUCGCUGGGACUACGGAAGCCUGGAGGAAGUGAAAAGAACCGUGGAGAGGAACCGACAGGUCGGCCUGCCAUAUGAUGUCCAGUACACCGAUAUUGACUACAUGGAAGAUAAAAAGAUCUUUACCUAUGAUAUGGUAAAGUUUAAAGACCUUCCUCAAUUUGCCGACUAUAUGCAUGCGAAGGGACAAAAGUACAUCAUCAUACUGGACCCUGCUGUGGCCACAAGUCAAAGGGUGAAUGGGUCGUAUGAGACACUCGUCAGGGGGAAGAAUUCUAAAGUUUGGGUCACUGAAGCAGAUGGUGUAACACCCCUGGUGGGUGAGGUGUGGCCAGGUGAAACCUUGUUUCCCGACUACACUAACCAGGCCUGCAUUGAUUGGUGGGUUGAUGAAAUAGAGCGGUUCUACAAGGAGGUCAAGCAUGAUGCUCUUUGGAUUGACAUGAAUGAGAUUGCCAGUUUUGUGAAGGGAUCCAACAAAGGCUGCGCUGUUAACAACCUCAACUACCCUCCGUACACCCCACAUAUUCUUGAUGGAGUCCUGUACAGUAAGACCUUGUGUAUGGAUGCCAAGCAAACAUGGGGGAACCACUAUGAUGUCCACAGUCUCUAUGGAUACUCCAUGGUCCUGGCCACAGAAAAGGCGUCAAAAAGCGUGUUUGGGAACAAACGUUCCAUGGUUUUCACCCGUUCCUCCUUCCCCGGGGUGGGCAAAUACGCGGGGCACUGGCUGGGCGACAACGCCGCCAACUGGAAUGAUAUUAAGUGGGCCAUUCCCGGCAUGCUGGAGUUUAACCUGUUCGGAAUCCCUUACAUUGGUGCUGACAUCUGUGGAUUCUUCGACGACAGUCCUGAAGAGCUAUGCAGACGUUGGAUGCAAGUCGGCGCCUUCUACCCUUUCAGCCGCAACCACAACGCCCAAUAUUACAAACCUCAGGAUCCUGCAUCAUACGGCGCUGACUCACUCUUGGUGAAGACCUCCAAACAUUACCUGAACAUCAGAUACUCCCUCCUGCCUUACCUCUACACGCUCUUCUUCGAUGCUCAUGUCAACGGGAAGACCGUAGUGCGGCCCAUGAUGCACGAGUUCUUCUCGGACAGUGCGACCUGGACAGUGGACCGCCAGUUCCUGUGGGGAGCCCACCUGCUCAUCACACCUGUGCUGGACCCUGGUGUUGACAGAGUGAGAGCUUAUAUCCCAGAUGCCAUCUGGUACGAUUUUGAGACGGAAACAAAGAUCACAGAACGCAAGCAGAUUGUUGACAUGUACCUGCCCGCUGAUAAACUGGGUUUACACCUGAGAGGCGGAGCCAUUCUGCCAGUGCAACGACCAGACGUCACAACCACAUACAGUCGUCUUCAUCCCAUGGGACUGAUCGUCGCGCUCGAUGAGAACAGCCGAGCAUCAGGAGAACUAUUUUGGGAUGACGGAGAAUCCAGAGAAACUGUUUCAUCCCGCUCAUACAUGCACUACCAUUUUGAUGUGGUUAAUGGUAUUCUGUCAAUAAACGUUUUACACAACGGCUACACGGAUCCAAACAAUCUGCAUUUUGAGAACAUUACUGUGAUGGGAGUCAGUGGCUCACCCGCUGCCGUGCUCGUGACAGAGGGAAGCACUUCGACUAUUCUGACCGAAUCCCAGAUUCACUAUGAUCCAGUCAAAGAGGUGAUGCAUCUGAGGGAUCUGAAACUGGAUCUUGGGAAGAACUACAUCGUCACCUGGGAGAUCAAAGGUUCCGGGCGCUUUGACUGCUAUCCGGGGGAGGACAGCAAUGAGGCCAACUGCAAACAACGCGGGUGCCUCUGGAAGCCUUCAGACAUUCCCAAAGAACCCUGGUGUUACUAUCCAGCGGCCUACGGCUACAAGGCAAGCAACCUUCUUGAAACGUCAAGCGGCUGGACAUUAGAUCUUGACCGCAAUAACGAUUUUCCCAGUCCACGAUCUUCAUCUGCAGACAUCAACAAACUGAGAGUAGAAGUCACAUACCUGAGCGGCCACAGCCUGCGAUGGAAGAUCUUUGAUCCGGUCAAUAAACGCUUCGAGGUACCGGUGCCCCUCACGCUACCAAGCACACCAGAGACAGAUGAAGCCAAGAGACUCUAUAGGGUCCAAAUCAGUGGUGACCUACCAUUUGGCAUCCAGGUGAUCAGAAAAAGCACAAAUGAAACUAUAUGGGACUCGGCCGUGCCAGGCUUCACGUUCUCCGAACUGUUCCUUCAGAUUUCCACACGCCUCCCCUCAAACUACAUCUAUGGUUUUGGUGAAACUGAGCAUGGUACCUACAAACAUGACCUCAACUUUCACACCUACGGCCUCUUUGCUAAAGACCAACCUCCAGGGGAAAAGCUGAACAGUUAUGGAGUCCAUCCGUACUACAUGGCUCUAGAAAAAUCUAAAUAUGCUCACGGAGUCCUUCUGCUUAACAGCAAUGCAAUGGAUGUGACCUUACAGCCCACUCCAGCCUUGACGUACCGUACCGUUGGAGGUAUCUUGGACUUCUACAUGGUGCUGGGACCGACUCCAGAAGAAGUUGUUCGGCAGUACACUGAGAUUAUUGGUCGUCCAGUUCUUCCAGCUUAUUGGUCUCUUGGGUUUCAACUUUGUCGUUACGGAUACGCCAACGAUAAGGAGAUCGCAGAUCUUUACAGUCAAAUGAAAGCUGCCAAUAUUCCUUACGACGUGCAAUAUGCCGACAUCGACUACAUGGAGAGGCAGAUGGAUUUCACGGUGGACCAAAACGACUUCCAGGAUCUUCCCGCUCUGGUAGACAACAUGAGGGCGGAGGGAAUGCGUUUCAUCUUCAUUUUGGAUCCGGCUAUAGCAGGCAAUGAGACAGAAGAAUACCUGCCAUUUUCUCGUGGGCUAAACCAAGAUGUUUUCAUUAAAUGGCCACCUGCACUUAGCAGUGAAAUUGUGUGGGGGAAGGUUUGGCCUGACUAUCCUAACGUGACUGUGGACAACUCUUUGGACUGGGACACUCAAGUAAAGGAAUUUAGGGCCUUCACGGCAUUCCCUGACUUUUUCAAGAGCAGUACAGCAACGUGGUGGCACAACGAGAUCAAAGAUUUUUACGACAAAAUGUUGAAGUUUGACGGCCUUUGGAUUGACAUGAACGAGCCAGCCAGUUUUGUGCACGGCACCGUCGGGGAGAAUUGUCUGGGGGACCCACUUUUAGAAAAUCCUCCGUACAUGCCCCCCCUGGAGUCCAAAGACAGAGGUCUGAACCAUAAGACUCUUUGCAUGAACAGCGAGCAGAUCCUUCCCGAUGGCACACCUGUAAAACAUUACGAUGUCCACAAUCUGUAUGGCUGGUCUCACACGAAACCCACUUUUGAUGCUCUGCUUAAUGUUACUGGAAAGAGAGGCAUCGUUAUUACCCGGUCAACGUUUCCAUCCAGUGGUCAGUGGGCGGGGCAUUGGCUCGGAGAUAACUACUCUUCCUGGAAUCAACUUCUGAAAUCCAUCGUAGGAAUGAUGGAGUUCAGCAUAUUUGGUGUGUCAUAUACUGGUGCUGAUAUCUGUGGUUUCUUUAACCCUGCACAAUACGAGAUGUGUUUACGCUGGAUGCAGCUGGGAGCCUUCUACCCAUUCUCGAGAAACCACAACACCAUAAACAUGCCAAGACAAGAUCCCAUGGCGUGGGGAGAAGCGUUCGCCUCUAUGUCUCGUGAUGUGUUGAUCAUUCGAUACACCCUCCUUCCCUAUUUGUACACGCUGAUGUACGAAGCUCACGAGCAUGGAAACACCGUGGUCAGACCCCUGCUACACGAGUUUGUCGAUGACGAAACCACGUGGACCAUCGACAGACAGUUCCUCUGGGGUCCCGCCCUUCUGAUCACACCUGCUUUGGACCCGGGUGCUACUAUGGUCAGAGGCUACGUGCCAAACACCCGCUGGUACGAUUACUACACGGGUGAAGCUGUUGGGGUUCGAGGACAGUUCUUGAGUAUGGAUGCACCAAUGGACAAAAUAAACCUGCAUGUGAGAGGAGGACACAUUCUGCCUUGGCAGAAAGCCGAGAACAACACACGAUACAGCCGUGUGAACCCUCUGGGUCUGAUUGUUGCUCUCAAUGAUGACGGUUCAGCACAUGGAUCUCUCUUCUGGGAUGAUGGAGAGGGAAUCGACACCGUCAAGAAUGCACAAUUCCUGUUGACAUCUUUCACGGUGAAAGAGAGCGUUCUGUCAAGCACGAUUGACAAAAAUGGUCUGGCCCCGGCUGACAAACUGACCCUGGGUGUUGUGAAGGUGUGGGGGUCAGGGACUGUGCCCAUCACUCAGGUUACCAUGAGCAUGGUUGGAAAUCCGGAUGUCGAAUUGGUUUGCAACCACAACCCGACAACACAGGUGUUAGAAUGUGAUGUGACAUCACAAAGACAGAGUCUGGACAUACCCUUCAGCAUCAGUUGGAAGACAACAUAGAGUCACAUGAGUAAUGCUUUAGCAAUGAACACACAUGAUUAUCUGUAUUUAUGAAU